UGGUUGUGCGUGGCAUUCGUUAUUCAGUGAUCGGUGGCAGCAGGAAUCAGUUGAACGUUUAAUUUGUCAGAAUGAAGCAUCGUCUGUUUGUACUUUUCGGCUGUGUUCUGAUUGCUAGUAUGAUUACUGGUCAUCGGCACCAUCAUCACCACCCUGAUCAGGGAGGAUAUUUUCAACACCAGCAUCAUCAUCAUCACCACCACGGGUGGCCCCACCAUCACGAUUGGCAUCACCGAAGGCAUCACGGGCUGCAUCAUUCUUUUCUAAACUUUGAAGUACGUGAACCGAAAGGAUUGGAAGUUUCUAUGAUUCAGAAAGGACCCGAAGAUACCUUUUUCGGCAUCGAGCUUUAUGUGAAUCAGGAUCCUGGGGAAGCUAAUGCGUUAUGUGAUGUGUGCUAUAAUACUACCGAAAUAGUAAAUAGAAAGUUUAUGAUCGAGGAUCCAACGGUCGUGAUUAGGAAGGGGGACAUUUUGAGAUUCUAUGUACUGUCAGGAAAUGACAGUGAUGUCGUACGUCAUCAUUUGCAACAAUUAUGGGUGACAGAGUCUAUUAUAAACAAGUGCAAUUGUGGAACGGAGGCUGACCAUCCCGAUAUAGAUGUACGUAUAGUUGAUUCUGAUAACUCGGAUGUACAGAAGCCUCGUCUUCCUGGUGGAACUUCUACUGAGGCUUCUACAGAACAAUCAACUGAGUUUGAUGAAAUUGGAAAAUCUCAUCGAAACGCAGUUGACUCUUCGGAGGAAAUGCAGUUCGAGUGUGAUCUUGACCCUGCGACUAAUUUGUGCAGAAUGCCCAAAGUGCAGCGUAUGGUUCAUCGUCCGCGUCCUUUUCAGCGUGAGGUGCAAGUUCUAUCUGGGAUUAUAAACCACAUGAAACUGCAGGGAUGCACUGCCAGGCUGAGCAGCAAUAAGUUAUUACUGAAGCAGGCUCCCCUGCAGGUCGGCGCCGUCAACGAGUUGAUGGACUUUGUUAAAUCUCUUCUGUCAGUCGAUCCAGAACUGCAGGUUUUGGGGAGUGAAAUUCUUCGAGUGAUGCCGGCAGGCCCUGCCAUCGGAAGGGGAGUGAUUUUUGAGAUGCGCGAUUACGUUGCCAAGCAGAAGGUACUGUACCAUGCUAAAGCGAAUAACUUGAAACAAGUUGUAGACUAUGAUGUCGCUGGAUAAAUUAGGGAACAUUUAAUUAAUCAACUAAACUACGGAAAGUGCCAUUACUGAGUAUGAGUACAAAGAAGAUGUUAAGUCUGUAUUUCUGAUAUUAAUAAAUAUGUAUUUUUUUACCCUAAACAA